GUUGCAGAGGAACAUGAACGUGCACAAACUAUUUUCCGCGCUGCACAAAUGGCGCGCUCGUUCAUCCGCCAUCCUGCCCCUCGCCUUCUUGCAGGCCCUCGCAGUCGGACUGGGCGGCUUGCCGGCCACGUAUCUCUUUCGUGCCAUCCGCUGUGAAGAGUACCGCAAGACGUUGCCGCCCCAUGUGCCCGAGGAUGACAUCUGCCGGUCGGCCAUCGUACAGAAGGCGUACUCAACAGACAUCGCCAUCUACACCACCGUCCUUGCCGUGCUCAGCAUCGUAUUAUCUGGGCCGUACGGCAGAGUGUCGGACAUACACGGUAGAAAGCGGGCGUUAACAAUCGCUGUCGCGCUCAACGCGUUCGGAGAUACCUGGUUCGUGCUAUGCUCACUUUUCGCUCCGCUGCGCACAUCCUGGUUCCUUCAGCUUGCGGCGGUCCUACAGGGUCUCGGCGGCGGUUUCUCCGUCGUCAUGGCCGGCCAGAAUGCCUUCAUUGCUGAUACAUCCGCCCCGAGUAAGCGGUCAUACUACAUGGGCCUCUCGCUCGUCAUGUGGUGGGUCGGAAACACCGUAGGCCCCCUUAUCAGCGCAGUACUCCUUGAUGAAGGCCUCUACACCAUCAAUUUUGGCAUCAUUGUGGUUAUCUGGGCGCUCUAUCUGUCGUACCUUCUCUUUGCUGUGCGCGAAGUGCAUGUGCCGCUGGCCGAGGAAAGCGCCUGUGCUGCUGCUGCGUUGGGCGAAAACGCAGCACACCGGUCGGCCGUGUCGCGUCUGCUUGCUGCGAUGAUUUCAGUAGUCGAACCGAUAAUCAUCCUGGGGCAGCAUAUUUCGCUACUAUUAGUGUCUAUCGCUAUGGCCGGCACCGUUCUGGCAAUCGGAGUGUUCAACCUCAUCAUACCAUACUGCGACACCAAGUUUGGAAUGGAACCUAGUGAAGCGGGCCUCUUAACCGCAGUCUGGUCUGUUGCACGGGCUAUCACCGUCACGUUCCUCUUUCCAAUGUUCCUCGCUGCUUACCAAUGGUUGACAAAUCGGAAUCAAUCAACGGAAGAGCCCACCUCGAUACACGACACUGUACCGACCGAUGAGACAACACCUUUGCUGGCCGAAGCCACACAUGAACCCCAGGCAAGCGAAAGCACUCCACCGGCCGAAGCAACGUCGAUAUCGCAGGAGAUCAUCGUUGUCCGCAUCUGUCUUUUACUCGACGCGCUGGGCAUGCUCGCCAUCGAGCGCAGCCGUAACGUUGGCGAGGCCAUAUUCGCAACGGCCAUGAGCUCUCUUAGCGCGCCUGCAGGGCCUUCAAUGCAGGCACUGGUCACACUCGCCGCGCCGCCCGGCGAGAUUGGACGUGUGCUCGCUGGACUGUCUAUCCUGCAGUCGGCCGCAGUCGCGCUCCGCGGCCCCGUAUUUGUCCCACUGUUCAAUGCCACGCUGGAAAAAGCGCCUGGAGCGAUCUGGUGGCUGUCUGCUCUCAUGUUGACCUUGUGCAGUUUGGUGGCGUUCGCCUUGCGCCCGAGACAGUUUGUAUAUGCUCAUGGCGGACAUACUUGAGGGCUACCCUUCUGCAGUGGCAAUGCACGACCAUGUGUCAAUCAUAAACAACAUAGCCAGUACAGAAUG